AUCUCCAUGGUUUGGUAUCAUUUAAUCUUUGAAUUUAUCUAUUGUUCCGCUUGCAAGACUAUGUUGCCCCGGCCACAGAUAAAUUGCAAUGUGGUGGAUGGGUCGGUCCACCAUACAGACUGGAUGAUGCUCUCAAUUCCCAACUUGGUAGCCCACCAACGAGACAUCCAACCUGGCAUAUGACCCUAUGUCGAAUGCUCAAUCCGUAAGCAAAGCCCGCCACCAAAAGCCCCUUGAAUGACCAGUCUUCUACGAAUGACGAGCAUCAUGUGGUUUUCUCCACAUAUAUACUCUCGCCGGCUAAGCUAGGCCAAGCCGUAGACAGACGGCGAAAGACUACAUAGACACCUCGUUCUUGCUUCCUAAUUUUCUUUCCUCAUCACAACUCCUACUUCUCUUCUGCAACACAACUGAGUUUGUUGUACACACAAUUUGCCGACCACAGUGUGCUCUACAAGGAUGCUUUUGCUCCCCGUCAUCUCCUGCCUCCUGGCAGCUGGUGUUGAGAGUAUUGCUCUCCCAUCAUACCCUCGUACCGUGGAUGCCUCCUCGGGUAUCCCUCAAUCUGCUCUCGGCCUCUCCGACAUCCAGACUCAGGCACUCUCCGAUGGCUACUGGCUUAAUGACAUGUCCGGUAGAGGCAUUGCUCCUUUCAACCCUAAUCCGGCCGGCUACAAGGUGUUCCGAAACGUCAAGGAUUAUGGAGCUAAAGGCGAUGGCGUCACAGAUGACUCUGAUGCGAUCAAUCGUGCCAUCUCUGACGGAAACCGCUGCGGCCCCUGGGUCUGUGAUUCGUCCACGGAUACUCCGGCCGUUGUUUACAUCCCAUCUGGUACAUACAUCAUUGGCAAGCCGAUUAUUUUCUAUUACAUGACUCAGCUCAUCGGUAACCCCAAAAACCUUCCCAUCCUCAAGGCUGCUUCUACUCUCCAAGCUCUUGCCCUUAUCGAUGCCAGCCCAUACAGUAACCAGAAUGGCGCGCCUGGAUGGACCUCCACCAACAUAUUCUUGCGCCAGAUCCGAAACUUGAUCAUCGACGGCACCGCAGUCCCACCAACCAAUGGUUUCCAGGGCAUCCAUUGGCCUGCCUCGCAAGCGACUACGAUUCAAAACGUCCAGAUCCGCAUGACUCAGGCGUCAAACUCAGUCCAUGCCGGUAUCUUCGUUGAGAAUGGGUCCGGUGGUCACAUGGCCGACCUCACUAUCGUGGGAGGUUUGUAUGGAAUGAACAUCGGUAACCAGCAGUUUACCAUGCGCAACAUAAAUAUUUCCAAGGCAGUUAUCGGCAUCUCACAAAUCUGGAACUGGGGAUGGCUGUACUCGGGCCUUACUAUCAGCGAAUGCAGCACUGCCUUCUCCAUGAUCAACGGCUACCAGAGUAACAAGCUUGAGGUCGGUUCGGUCGUCAUCAUUGACAGCGAUAUCACCAACUGUCCAACAUUUGUCGAUAUGGCAUGGAGGAGAGACUCAGUUCCCAUCGGAGCUGGUCAAUUGGUGCUCGAGAACAUCCGCCUGAACAACGUACCUAUUGCCAUCAAGGGAUCCGGCACCACCGUUCUCCAGGGUGGAUCGAUAACCAUCAAAGCAUGGGGUCAGGGCAACAGGUACUCUCCUAACGGCCCAGAGAAAUUCCAAGGCUCCCUCACAACUGCGACUCGACCUGCAGCACUCCUUGACAACGGCAAAUACUAUUCCAAAUCAAAGCCUCAGUACGAGACUCUUGGCCUUGGGGACUUCAUCAGUGCUCGCAGCGCAGGUGCAACAGGUAACGGCCAAACGGACGACACCAGUGCUAUCCAGGCUGCCGUGACUAGGUCCGCAACGGAAGGAAAGGUUCUCUUCUUCGAACAUGGUGUUUACAAGGUCACGCGGACGAUCUACGUUCCUCCUGGAGCUCGCAUGGUUGGAGAGUCGUUCUCAGCAAUCAUGGCUUCUGGCAGCACUUGGUCGAACAAGGACAGCCCUGUGGCGGUCAUGCAAAUCGGUAGGGCGGGAGAUCGUGGACGCAUCGAAUGGUCGGACAUGAUCGUGCAAACACAAGGAGCAACACCCGGUGCCAAACUCAUCGAGUACAAUCUCAACUCCGACCGUGGCUCUGGAUUGUGGGAUAUCCACACUCGAAUUGGUGGUUCUAAGGGUACCCAGCUUCAAAUUGCUCAGUGCCCGGUUUACACAACCAAGCCUGAGUGUAUGGCGGCACACACUAACGUCCAUGUCACCAAGACUGGCACUGGAGCAUACUUUGAGAACAACUGGUUCUGGACCGCUGACCACGAUCUCGACGACCCGAAAUCAACCCGAGUAUCUAUCUUCACCGGCCGCGGUCUGCACGUCGAAGCCACAAACGUCUGGCUUUGGGCCAACGGCGUCGAGCACCACGCCCUGUACCAAUACCAAUUCAACGGCGCCUCGAACGUAUUCGCCGGCUUCAUCCAAACCGAGACACCAUACUACAUGCCCAACCCCGACGCAAAGACGCAGCCAUACGGACGAUCCAACGCCUUCAACGACCCCGACUACGCCUCUGCCUGCCCAGCCGGUGUCUGCAGUGCGUACGGCCUGCGCGUCCUCAACUCGAAGAACGUCCUCGUCUACGGCGGUGGCUUGUACUCGUUCUUCCGCAACUACGACCUCACCUGCAGCGCUGCAGAUGCGCCGAAUGGCUUCCGCAAUUGCCAGAACCGCAUUUUCAGCAUUGAGGGCGACUCGAGUGUUCAGGCUUUUGCGUUGAGCACGAUCGGCGCUGAGCAGAUGGUGACUAUUGAUGGCCAGGACAAGGCUAAAUGGUCUGAUAACCUCAGUGUUUACCCUGACACGAUUGGAAUGCUCAGCUACAAAGUCUGAGGUGUGGUGCAUGUUGGAAGACUUCAGUGUACUGUGCAUCAAUCGGCUGGUUUUGCAUGAGUCGCUGGAAAACAUCCGACAUUCACCAUGACAUCUGCGUUUGGGAUGGUGUUAAAUCCGAGCGAAGAACAUCGUUAUCUUCUGUAUAUAUUUAGAACUUUGGGGAUGGCGUGGUUUGGAGACUUCUAUGCAUCAUAUAGGUAGCGCAAAUGAAUCAGUCUCUCGUUGACAUGUGUUGAG